AUGCCCCGGGAGGAUCCUUUGUGCUCCUUUGGGACAGAGGAGAACCUUCCAGGCGGUUCUUGCGGGUACAGUCUGCGACGUGUGCAGCACGGCCAAAAUGAUCCAGCAAGCGGUUGCUGCAGUUUGCACUCUGUACUCUGUGGCUUAUUCGGGCUAUUUUUUAGCCCACUUGGCACGGCACCUCACGCGUGGAUCCCGAGCAGCUCCUCCUUCGGGAGCGCCGUGAGCGUGGGGGAGCCUGCCGAGAAAUACCUGGAACUGGAGCAGGUUGGCCAAGGGGCUUUCAGAACCGUUUCUAAAGGACUCGACAGGGCCACUGGAGGAGAGGUGGCCAUAAAGAAAAUGAGUCUCAGAGGGCAGAACAGGGAACGAGCUGUGAAUGAGAUCCUGGUCCUGAAGGACAAGAAGAACCCCAACAUUGUCAGCUCUUUGGACAGCUUCCUUGUUGAUGAAGAUCUCUGGCUGGUGAUGGAAUACAUGGAUGGAGGAACUUUGCAGGACGUUGUCAGACAGACACGCAUGGCUGAAGGAGAGAUGGCAGCUGUCAGUCGGGAGUGUCUGCAGGGCCUGGAUUUCCUCCACUCGAACCGGGUGAUCCACAGAGAUCUGAAGAGCUCCAACAUCCUUCUGGCAACGGACGGCUCUGUCAAGCUGGCUGAUUUUGGCCUCUGUGCUCAGCUCAGCCCUGAGCAGGAGCAGCGCAGCUCCAUGGUGGGCACUGCUCACUGGAUGGCCCCAGAGGUUGUGACCAGUUCUCCUUAUGGCCCCAAGGUGGACAUCUGGUCCUUGGGCAUUGUGACCAUCGAGAUGGUGGAAGGAGAACCUCCUUACUUUGAGCACACGGCGGCCAUGGCUCGCUGUCUGAUCCGGCAGAACGGGACCCCGCAGCUGCAGGAGCCCAGGCGCCUGUCGGCUCUGCUGCGGGACUUCCUGGAGUGCAGCCUGGAGCCGGACGAGGAGCGGCGCUGGUCUGCCCAGGAGCUGCUGCAGGUGGAUGCGAAGCGGCUGCAGGGGAAAGAGCAGCGCGAGGGAGGGGUUUUCUCGUGGGGCCCCCCUCCAAUAGUCUCCAGUCUCGCUGCUUUUCACAUGCAAAGGCAGCAGAAUCCUCGCCUGGUUUGGCUUGGCAGGGUCCUUUGCAGGUCAUCUGGACCAGGUGCCCCGCAAGGAGCAGGGACAUCUUCAAGCAGAUCAGGUGGCUCAGAGCCCUGCCUGACCUGAGCCUGGAUGUUUCCAGGGAGGAGGCACCUUCCACAUCUCUGGGCACCCUCGGCCAGUGUUUCCCCACUCUUCUGAUAAAAAAAUUCGGCCUCAGAUCUAAUCUGAGCCUGCUUCCCUCUCUUGAGUUUCAAACCAUUCCCCUUUGUCCUGGUGCAACAGAACCUGUGAGGAACUUGACUUGAGAAAGUAACAGUUCAUUUCUUUCUUUUUCAUCCUUUGGGCAGCACCCAUUUUUAUCAUCAGCCAAGCCUCUCUCCAGCCUGAGCCCUCUGAUCGCUGCAGCAAAGCAAUUGAGGGAGCAGCGGAGGACGUGAAGC